AUGGCCUCUCCGCCUCGCGAUGUGCCAGCGUCGAGCUCCCCCGUGUCCAUCCGGGGGAUCUCCCCUGUCCGCCGCCGUAGCCUGUCUCCAAGUGAGAUGAGCGACAUCAACUCUCGGGCACCUCGUCAUUCACCCACACUCGUCCGUUCAUUUGACCCCAAUGACCCGCAAGUUAGAGAGCGCCAACGUACGAUGGACGUUGACAUGGCCAUGCAACUCUCCUUAGCUCGAAGAGACACCCUCAAUGCUGCCUCAUCCCCUGUCGUGACAUUCCAGACACCAGUCGCCACCUCAUCGCCGUUUGAUACCACCCAGCAGGCGGCGGGCUCCUCGGACCUCUUUCCCUCCCUUUCUCGCCGCGAGCACGACGACGAGGACCUGCUCCUCGACCCAACUGAGGACGCCAUCUUCGAACACGAUAAUGGCCUCUACGACGUUACGACCGACACCAACCUACAUCAGACACAAUUUCGUGACCAUCCCGUCCCCAACGUAGAGGACCCAUCCGCCUCAAAUUUCGACCUACCCACCUAUCAGGCCAAUGUCACCCAGCCCAGCUUCAAUUUUUCUCCGAUGGAGGAGUUUGCCGUCGUGGAGAAGGCAAGACUAGGUCUUAACGCACCACUCAGCGCCCGGUUUUCACUGAGUGCCAUCCGUGGCCGAGCCAAGCUCAACCUCGAGACACCAGCAGGCCUGUCAACGACACAAGCUUCGUCAGGAGUUGGCGUUGCCUCAGGCUCAGGUUCUGGCUCGAUGACAGAUGUACCCCAGGCUGCAUCCCCAGCCAGAGCAUCCCAAACCGGCGAAACACAAGCUCAACCUUCUUCAUCUCAACAACACCUUCCCUCCAGCGACGAUGCAUCUGCCUCUGGUUCUGCAGACCCAACCUCUUUCCGGCCUCUACGCCACCGCAAGCUCAGUCAGUCCAACCCUCAUCCACGCACCCACCGCAAGGGCAUCGGCGGCAAAAUGGCACUGUUCGAGUCCAACGCCCACGACACACCUUCCUUCUCGGCAAGGCUUGGGCUUGUCCUCAGUGGGAAUACUGGUGGGCUACCCUCCGGUCCUUCGUACGACCAUAUCGCCGGCGUACCCAGCACGGCGGGCGUAUCGGGCGGCAUCCUGAACACAGGCCACGACAGACCGUACCGUUUUUCUUUCUAUUCGAAUGCUCUUUCCGCCACAAUCCAUGCAAGGAGCUUGAGCGAGCUACCGGCCGAGGGACAGACGUUUGAGCAAUUGUUUUCUGGGAUCCAUCCACCCACAAGUGCGGCGACAGGCACUGCUCCGACGCGUGCUGCACCCAUUCCAGGGAUGAAAGACCGCCAGACGUUCUCGCCUCCAUACCAGGAACCGUCUACACGAGCGCCUUCGGAUGCGGGCAGCUACUUCCCUAGCCCGAACAUCAAUGGCGCCAGGCGGUCGUUUGGUGGUCCGACCGAGAAGAUGGGUGGCGGUGGGGCACCCAACGGUGCGAUGAACAGCGCGGACGCAGACGCGAAUACGUGGUGGUUGGAUGUGCAGAGCCCUACGGACGAGGAGAUGAAGAUGCUUUCCAAGGUGUUCUCCAUCCAUCCACUCACAACGGAAGAUAUCCUCAUGGAGGAGACACGCGAGAAGAUCGAGCUGUUCCGGAACUACUACCUCGUGUGCUUUCGCUCGUUCGACCAGGACCCGUACUCGCCCACGCACCUCGAGCCGUUGAACAUGUACAUCAUCGUUUUCCGUGAGGGGACCCUCUCCUUCCACUUCCGGCCCACGCCGCACCCGCAGAAUGUGCGCCGGCGUAUUAAGCAACUCAAGGACUACAUUUCGGUCACCUCCGACUGGAUUUCGUACGCGCUCAUUGACGACAUCACUGACGCGUUCGGGCCGUUGAUCCAGGGGAUUGAGUAUGAGGUCGACAGUAUUGAUGAGCUGGUGCUGAUUUUGAAGGAGGCGGAGCAGAGCGAUAUGUUGAGACGUAUUGGGACGUGCAGGAAGAAGGUUAUGGGUUUGUUGCGGCUGAUGGGUAAUAAGGCGGACGUGGUUAAGGGGCUGGCGAAGAGAUGCAAUGAGAACUGGCGGGUGGCCCCCACAUCGGAUAUCGGUCUCUACCUCUCCGAUAUUCAGGACCACCUAAUUACCAUGACCCAAAAUCUGAACCACUACGAGAAGAUCCUCUCGCGGUCACACUCAAAUUAUCUCGCUCAGAUCUCCAUCGAGAUGACGGACGCCAACAACCAGAUCAACGACGUCCUCUCCAAGCUGACCGCCCUUGGUACAGUUCUUAUCCCUAUGAAUUUGGUCACAGGUCUGUGGGGUAUGAACGUACACGUACCGGGUGAGGGUGUCGAGGGUUAUGCGUGGUUUAUUAGUAUUAUUGCGUGUCUGGCGGCGUUUGCGCUGGUGGGUGGGUACUCGACGUAUAAGUUUAUGGUGAGGAAGUGA